ACGCACGCGCGUGUUAUAUGUGAAUAUGUCAAGUCGAGACUUGCGAGCAUCGCGAGCGGUAGCAGGCCUCAAGAUAAUGCAGAAACUGUAUUUAGCAUAAAGUAGUAAAAAGACGUUCCCUCAGAAAAAAAGUAAUUGGCCAAGUAAAAUUUGCAUCUGCAACGAACUUGAGAAGAUGCAGGUUCGUUUUGAAAUUCUCUACAUGCGUUUCCUGGUUGGAGGGAAUAUCCGCUCUGUCUUUAAAUUCGGAUGAUUACGAGGGAGAGUGAUGAGCGAGUGAUAUAAGAGAACGAUAAUUUCAUUUCGAGAUGUGUGGCGAUAGAAUGACUCGUUGCGACAACGAACAAACAGGAGUGGAAUAUUUACGGAGGCAUCCACCAAUUGCCUCGAUUGACGCGGUGCAUUUCCGAUAAUGAUAAUGAAAAACCCAGAGUUGAUAGCGCAAGGCGCGGAGGCGCGUCUCUAUAAGGGACUCUAUCUGGGAAAGACAUGCCUGAUGAAGGAGAGAUUCUUAAAGAAUUAUCGACACCCAGAGCUGGACGCUCGCCUCACCAAGGACCGUAUUAGAGCCGAAGCCCGCGCCAUUAUCAGGGCGAAGUCCGCAGGAAUAGCAACGCCGGCCUUGUAUCUGGUAGAUUUGGAGCGACGCAGUAUCUAUAUGGAGUACGUGGAGAAUGCUACAGUGCUGAAAGACUUCAUAGACAGGAAUAUUUCGGGGAAAACGGACGUGGACCACCUGCUAGAUUUCAUAGGAUGCGGGCUGGGCACACUGAUAGCUAGACUGCACUCGAGGCACAUUAUCCACGGCGAUUUAACCACGUCGAAUAUACUGCUCAAGAACGACUCGAGCGAGUCGCCUUACAAUGAUCAAUCCAAAGUCGAGGCACAAUUCGUAAUGAUAGACUUUGGACUGGCCCGAGUGGAUUCCACGCUGGAAGACAAAGCCGUCGAUUUGUACGUUCUCGAACGAUCACUGCUUAGCGCGCAUUCCGAAGUGCCGACGUUGUUCUCCCGUAUUUUUCAUCACUAUCAACAGCAUUAUCAAAAUAAAAACCAAUACAAGCAAGUGCUCGCUAAAUACAAGCAGGUACAAGCGCGAGGACGCAAACGCUUGAUGAUAGGCUAAAAAGUAGCGGAAGCGUCCCCGAAGAUUCUGUAAAAUUUUUCUGAAAGAUUAUUCUGAGGAAAAUACGAAGGGUACAAAUGUAUUUUUAUAGCAUUACAAAGUGCAUUGCGCUGAGUUUCGUAUGUUGAUUAAAUGUAAAUUGUAAAUAGACACUGGAGCGAGAACGAAAGAAAAGAAUUUGUGAAAGUUCGAUUGUAAUUCUAGCGGUUAGAAUUAAGAUACGUAGUUUGAGAAGGUAAAAAGGUUUUUUUUUAUACAGAUAAAUCAUAUUUAUAUGUAACAAUAUGUAACAGUAUAUGAGUCUGUAUACAACGAUAUCUAUUACGAGAGUGACAAUUGCACAUGUAUAAUGAAUUUGGCAGCAGCGAUGAUCC